AUGCAAACACACCAGCGGAAUAAAAGUGCUAUCAUUUUGUCAAUUUUGUUUAUUUUAGCUGAAACUAAAAAACCUUUUACGAAAAGACUUGAGGCUUCCUGGCGUCUGGAAUGUGAUCUGGGUAUUAUAACAGAUUCUGACUGUCCAAUUGAUGGUGGCUGGUCGCCUUGGGCACCAUGGUCUAAAUGUUAUGGCGCCUGUGAUAGUGUUGGUCACCGAAAGAGAUUAAGAGCAUGCAACAAUCCGACGCCUUCAAAAGAUGGUAUGCCUUGUAGAGGUUUGGACGAACAGUUGGAAUCUUGUUACUUGACGAAUUGUUCUGUCAAGGAUUUCCGCAAUAUCGUUGAGGGAGACCCUGCUAGAAAAGAAGCAUUACAUCAAUUAGAAGCGGUUCCUCUAUUAAUGGAAAGAUGUCUGCAGAUGGAAUGUCCUUUUGAAGCAGUUGACGCUACAUUAGCAAUUGAAAAUACUUGGCAAAUAAAUUCAGAAACCGUGUGGAAUGCACUUCAAUGCGUUAAGCAUGACAUUGGAUGUCCUAUUGCGGGUGACUGGGGCGCUUGGGGUUCGUGGUCGUCGUGUGGAGCACGGUGUGGUAAAGGUACACGUUGGAGAAUGAGACGCUGUGAUACACCGCCCCCUUCUCUAGCUCAUUUGAUUUGCCCAGGAACACCAUUACAAUACGAACAAUGUGAAGGAGAUCAGUGUGCGAUUGACGGUCAAUACGUUGAACAAAGUGGCAGUUGGAGCGAAUGGGGUGCCUGGACUGAAAGUUCAGAAAAAUGUGGCUAUGGAGUUCGCCGUAGAAAAAGGGCUUGUGUCGAAAAGCAACUGGCACUUUCUGCUAUAAAUUGGGGAACGCAUUGCAGAGGACAGUAUGACCAAUUAGAUGUUUACUACAACACAGAAUGCGUUUUAGAUGGAGGCUGGUCUGGUUGGGGACCAUGGGGGCCGUGUUCUCAAACAUGUGGCGCUGGCAGACGUUCAAGAACUAGAUCCUGUACAAGACCAAUACCUUCGGGUAAUGGUACCGAUUGUGUAGGACCAAAAUCUGACAUUGGGACAUGUCAUUUAGCUCCUUGUGAAGUUUUCACACACACUAUUUCUUUACUUAAUGGAGAUUCUUAUAUGCACUAUAACUUCCCACGCAAAAGAUCAACCUUCUUUCAUUUUUAUAUCCGUUUCAUGGCACUCUCUCCCCAUGGCAUCAUUGUUCGACGUGGAAGUGCUCAAAAUCCAAGUGUUCGAUUAAGUUUGCAGAAGUGGCAUGUUUGUCUAGAUGCUAGCGGUUUGUCCAAAUCUUGCAGUUUACCUCGUAUGUGCUCAACAACAGCAAUUGAGCCUGCAACAUGGCAUUCAAUCUUAAUGUCUGUAACUAGUCAAGUAGCUAUUAUAAGAUUAAAUGACGCCCAAAUAUCAAUGCAGAAUUGGUUUCCUUGUAAUCCUGAAUUAGAAAAUGACAAAAUGAAUAUUUUUAUUGGAGAAAAGUUUCAUGGCGAAGUUCAUGAAAUUAUGCUUAAUUUUAUUCCACUACAUACUGUAAUUGAACGGGAACAGCGAAUGAGUCAAUCAGAUUUCUAUCCUAUUUCAACGUCUAACAUGGCCUAUGAAAAAGCUAGCCCUGAAGAAGCUUAUUUAUUAAUACAAAACGAUCAAUAUUUACGUUUGCCUUGUUUUAAGGAACAAGAUGAAUGGCAAAUUGAAUUGACAAUUAAAUCUGAAAAAGAGAGCGGUACAAUAAUUUUUCUCCCAAAUAACAUAAACGAGAACUGGUUGUAUGUAAUUUUACAAAAUAUGAGAUUAAAAAUAAAAUUUGCUCGAAAGGAAUUCAAGUCGGAAGCAAUUAGUUCUACUGAAUUUUUACCUGAUCAAUGGAUGGAUAUAGUUAUAAGUAAGAAAAAUGAAACCAAUACUAUUGUAGUAUCAAUAAACGCAGGAGAGCGUCUUCACGUACUUUUAGUAGAAGAAACGAAGAAAAUAGAAAAAUCUCUUAUUAAUAGCAAACAUACAUUUCAGGACCAAAAUUAUAAUCACAGUUUCAUCAACAAUAACAAAAUGGUAAUGUGCAAUGAUGAAUUUUUUAUUGGUGGCAUACCGCUUGAUAUAAAAAAUUCUCUAUCAGAAGAUUUUACGCCAUUUACGGGAAUAGCAGCCUCAGUAAGGUUAAAUAAUAAUUUGUUAGAUUUACAUGAUUUCAGUAUGGAGCGGACCAAAGACGACCUAAUUCAACUCUCUUCAAGAACUGCUAGUAUUUCAGGAUCAUAUCAUGAAACUGAAUGGGGUGAAUCAAACCAGUUCAAUUUAACAUGUCUACAUGCACGCACAGCAAGUUUACCACACUCAGCCUAUUGGCUUUAUUGGGAUACCCAAAUAAAACUCAUAAAAAGUAAAAAUACACGUUCCGUAGAUGAUGGAAGAGUUUUACGUUUGUUAGUAACAGCUGAAAAAGACCUUAGGGGAUAUUAUACUUGUAGAGCACAUAGUAAUAGACGCACAAGAAACAUUGUUACAUUCGGCGUUUUAGGAAAAAUAGAAUAUAAAAGUUUGAGCCCCGACACUCUAACUGUGAUUGCAAUUUGCACUACACUAUCUUUAGUAAUAUUUACUUUAGGCUGGCUUAUAAUAGAAGGAUAUCACGAUCUUCGUAAUGGUUACGGAUUUUUUAGAGACGCUCAUCUGUCCCCCGAAGAGGAAGCGGAAGUCGUUUGUCAAUAUUUCGAUCAAAACAUGCACUUACUUGGAUCGCAAAGUGAGCUUAAUCUAGCUAAAACGAAAGCAAGGCGUAGAGGUAAGCGAUUGGCUAGCAAAGCAAGUUUUGGAGCACAGGAGCCAGAUAACAUGUUGGAAGGAAAUAAUGCACUAGAAGAAUUUACUUCUAGCGAUCCCGACGGUUUACCUACUUUACCUGAGGUAAAAAAUUCUGGCAUAGAAUUUUUUCAAAAAAUUUAUAGAUAUGAACCUUCCUACGUUAGUUCUCCCCGCCAUGGCUCUCUUACAACUCGAACAAAACUAUCUUCAACCUCGUCUUUAGACUCGCUUGCAAAAGUGUUAGCUUCCCCUUCUUAUAUGCGUAAGGUCGCUAAUUUGUCUAAAGAUAAUAAAAAGAUUAAAAACUGCCGUUUUAAGAAAGCUAAAAAUGAAUCUAAUCUGCUAACAAUUAAAUCUUCAACAUUUCUCAAUAAAUCACCGGCACAUAAGGUAUUGGAAAAGUUUCAGGAAUUAAAGAGCGAUGAUUAA